GUGGAGCCACGUAGGUACCUGCCUUUCGUAUUCACCGGCGGUAUGGAGCAAACCGCGCCGUUUGUGUGCUCUCUCGAUGGAGGCGCCGAGGAGUAGCGGCAAACGCGGGAUUAGUUACCCACGAAGUGGCGCGCAUUCCACCACAGCCUCAAAAAACCCAAAAAAAAAAAGAAAAAAUCGUGUUUUUUCGCUUCCAAGCCCCGCAUAAAUACGAAUCCGUAACGACCGCGACUUUCGUUCCCCUCCGCCUCUAUCCGCCGCCUCCACCCGCCGUCGCGGCCGCUGCAUUGCCGUUCUCCAGGGUUUCUUAUCGAUGGGUGGGGAAUCUAGGGUUUCCGAUGAGGUCCUGGGGACCGUCGUCCCGAUCGGCGUCUACUGGCUCUACUCGGGCGUCUAUUGCCUCCUCCAUCGCCUCGAUCGUUUCCGGAUGCACUCCCGGAAAGAGGAGGCCGCCAAGAACUCCAUCUCCAAGGCCACCGUCGUUAGGGGGGUUCUCCUUCAGCAGUCGAUCCAGGCCACCGUAUCUCUUGCCCUCUUCGCGUUUGCGGGCAACAAGACCGAGGACCAGCCAGUAUCUGAAGGCUUUAUUCUGGCUUACGCUGUGCAGUUCUUGGUUGCAAUGCUUGUAAUGGACACAUGGCAGUACUUCAUGCACCGUUACAUGCACCACAAUCAAUUCCUCUACCGUCACAUCCACUCCCAGCACCACCGUUUGGUUGUUCCCUACUCUUUUGGGGCCCUGUACAACCACCCAAUUGAAGGGCUCCUCCUCGACACAGUUGGUGGUGCCUUGUCUUUUCUUGUAUCUGGCAUGUCAGCAAAGGUUUCUAUCUUCUUCUUUUCCUUUGCAACAAUCAAGACAGUUGAUGACCAUUGUGGUAUUUGGCUCCCCGGCAACCCCUUACACUUGCUAUUCAAGAACAACACAGCCUAUCAUGAUAUCCAUCAUCAGCUCUAUGGCAGCAAGUACAACUUCUCCCAGCCCUUCUUUGUCAUGUGGGACAAGAUUCUUGGGACUUACAUGCCAUACACCAUUGAGAGAAGAAUGGAUGGAGGCCUUGAAGCAAGACCAAGGAAGGUUGAGUAAGGGCAGUAGAGUAGAUGAACGAGUAUUCCUCGUGAUGUAUAGAUUCUGGCAGUGUCUGAUUUUGAUACCCAAAUUCCUCAGCAACGGCUUCACUACCAGCACACUCUUGUUGAUCUGCCACUGUGGUUGCUGCUGUAUCAUCCAUUAGAACCAUUUGGGUUAUCAAUAAAUGUUUUUCGCUGCUAGUCUCUUAUACAAAUUUUUGGUUCUUCAGCAGGAAGGAAUGACAAUAUUUUGUUCUUUCUCGGUUGCCUGUCGGCCCUUCUCACUUGGGAAUUUCUAUAUUUUUGUGGAGAAAAUUUUUCCAUCUGUUCCUGAUAUGUUAAACCGGAAAUUUGGCUACUCUAACAGGCAUUGUCAAGCUUUUCCUUC